UUGACAGCGGCUUCCAGAGAAAGUAUUAUAAACAAUAAUAUGGUCGCGUCUUGCUGCGAAUUAUUUAUUAAAACUAAAAUGUUUGAGUGAUUGUUAUAAAUUUUCAAAUCUAAAUCCAUAAACGCCAGUGUGACACUGGAAAGAAUGGAUUAUAAGCCGAACUUCAUCUGCUUUGAUCAGGUAUGCAGAAUUUGCAUGAAAACCAGUGACGGCUUGCAGUCUAUUUUUGGUCAGCCUCAGGAUAUUCCCGAGUUGGUCCGUUUACUAUCGAAAGUAGAGGUUUUGGAAAACGACGACUUACCAAAACAAAUAUGUCCAGAGUGCAUUGUGUACGCCGGAAAUGUGAUAGAGUUCAAGGAACGUUGCAUACAGUCUGACCGAACGCUACGAGAGUACAUGUCCGAAGGAUGUGACGAUAGGAAGCAAAAUUUCUUGAAACAAGAACACGCGCUGUUAGGACUGAAUGAUGAUGGUAUGCCGUUAGGGCCAGAAUUCAUCAAAUGCGAAAUCGAUGAAUCGGCUAGUGAUAAGUCAGAUGGUGGGGGCAAUGAUUUUGAAAUUGCAGAUGGCAAUGAUAGUGAUAGUGAGGAGGAUGACGAUGACGAUGAGAAUGGCAACGAAGAGGAUGAUGAACAGGAAAAAAUUGAGCGUCGUAUACGUAGGCGUCGGACACGGACAUCAGCAUUGCAAGAUUCCGAUGACGAGCCAUUGAUCGCAAAAAAAACUAAAGCAGAAACUCACGAAUGUACAAUUUGCAAUGAAAGGUUCAACAACAAAUCACACGUCAAAUUCCACGUCAAAAGCGAUCACGCAGAUGAGAAAACUCUUCCACAGGAUCGGAUACGUCGUUGUUUCUACUGUCCAAAGGCGUACUCUAAUUAUGAGCUGCUAAAAAUCCAUUUGAACUUUCAUCCCAGAAAUGAAUGGACUUGCCCAAUGUGUGCUAAGGAAUUGAAGAAAAAAGGCAAAUUCAUCGAUCAUUUACGAAUGCACGCAAAUGAGCGUCACUAUAAGUGCGAAAUUUGUGGUAAAGACUUUACCUCUCACAAGUAUAUAUCCAACCAUAUGAAGAUGCACAAGAAAAAAGGGGAAGCAGAGAACAAAUCAAAAUCGGAAGAUUCGAGUGACAGUGAGUAUGAUCCAGUUGAUGACGAUAAGAACGACGAUGAGGAAGAUGACGACGAGGAAUCUAGUUUAUCUGACCGAGAAGAGAAAAUAAGGGGCUCCUACCAGCUAAACCCCGAUGCACCGAAAGAUUGUCCAGUUUGUGGGGAAUCAUUCGAGAAGGUGAUUCAUGUAAAGUUUCACCUGGAGAGUGAGCAUAUUCCGGUUGAUGAAUCUUCUACUAAAGUUCAUCAUUGCGUUACCUGCAAAAAGAAUUACAUGACAUUCGAACAGCUGACAAAUCAUAUGAAACUACAUCCGAACAAAAUCUGGAGUUGCCCUGAGUGCAAGAAACAGUUCCGUCGUUUAGAUAAAUAUAAAGAUCAUCAGAAAAUACAUCAGAAUGAUCGAACCUUUUUAUGUGCUCACUGUGGUAAAGAUUUCCCCACAACAAAAUACAUGAACCGACAUCUUCAAACGCAUAUAAAGGAAAAAGUGCGAAAAGUAGAAGAAGAGUUCGAGUGUGAAGUUUGUGGAAAAAAGAUGAAGUACAAGUCAAAUUACACUAAUCACAUGAAAACCCACGGUCCGGAGCACUCAAAACAGAUUAAAGCGGACCCAGAUUCGCCACCGAAAAAAAUAUAUUUGUGUAGCAUAUGCGGUAGAAAUUGCGGUUCUUCCAGCAACCUAACGGUGCACAUGCGACGACAUAAUGGACAAGCAAUAUGCUCCUGCUCAGUGUGUGGCAAAGGCUAUCCCAGAAAAGCGGAUUUAGUUAUGCACAUGAGAAGACACACAGGUGAAAAACCCUAUGAAUGUCCUACUUGCGGUCGUGGAUUCGCGAGACGGGAUAAACUUCGGAUACAUAUUCGAACUCACACCGGAGAGAAGCCUUACGCCUGUCCUUGUGGACGAGCUUACGCUCAGAAAAAUGAUCUCAAAACUCAUCAAAAACGCAAUACGUGCGGUCAAAACUUCGACAUCACUAAACUGAUGGCACCCUACCAACCAUCGAUCUGUGUUCGACCGCAAACCCAAUCACAGCAAUCUUCUCAAAGGGAACUACCACCUCCGCCGGUGCCGGUUUCUACGAGCGUUGCAACUGCCGUUCCUUCUAGUUCUCAAGCGUACAAUGACACUAACACUGCGUACUCGGUAUCGCAUCCAACAGUCAGCGGAAGUAUUGGGCAGAAUAUUCCCCCCUCUCCGCAUCAUGAAUUAGGUGGAAUUUCCGAUUCUGUCCCAAACAGUCCGGUCGAUCUGAUGACACAUCGGCAUCAGUUUGGAGUUUUCCCAAACUCCAUGGGGGUCCCAGUAUUCUCCAACUCGUACCAGCAACCUAAGGUAGAUAUGUGCAAUCAAUAAGUAUAAUUUGAUUGUGAUGCGUUUUGAUGGCAAUGGUUUUCAAAAUAAAUCUUUUUUACAAAUAAGCAAUAAAUUUGCUAAAAAGGUUGAA